ACAUUCGAUUUGAGUGCGCUAAGCGAGGGGGUUUUCGUAUGGAAUUUCGAUGAUCCAGCGUUGUCUUCUAACGGGGAAGCUAUCACUCUUUGGUGGGCGUAUCGGUGCUCACAAAUGAAUUUUCUAUCAAACUGAAGCUGUGAAGCCGAUCAGGGACCUUUAAUCGAUCUCAGGGACAAUGUUUCGUUGGACAUACGUAGGUGUCAACACAAGUAUUGAAGGUGCAGGUGGUCAGGGUUGCGUUGACUAUAUUCCAACUGCAAGGAGAUUCCUGGAGUCUGUAUUUGUUUGCAUCAUGUUUUCUUACACUGCAUACUGGUCAUACCUAAAACUAAAAGUUGAGAUUCCACGACAACAGAGUGAACCCGUAAAGCUGAGACAGGCAAUUCUUGUGGUGCACUCUUUUGUAUUUGGAAUAGAAUUUGGAUUUAAGUUGGCAACUAGCACACUUAUAUGGAUAUUGAACCCAUGCCAUAUCAUAACAGUAUUGCAGAUAUUACUUUUGGCUUCUUCAUCACCUACUGUCACAAAUACACUUUUUCGGUUACAUGUGCACAUGAUGAAUGGUCCUUUAUUGGCGUUAACUUUUCCAAUAUUAAAUACUCGAUUCCUACCAUUUGAACGUGUGACCUAUUUUAUACAGCAUUUUUUGAUCGUUCUGAUUCCUGUUUGCUUUGCAAACCAGAGUAGUGAAUUCUGCGUUGAACCAUUGGACGAUCUUUCUUGGGUCAUAUUUGCCUUGAGUACACAACUGACAGGCGCAAAUCUGAACAAUAUACUCUGUCCAGCUAUCAGUGAUCCAUUUCCAGGUCCAAACUAUCGUGUAUGGGCGGUCUUUCAUCAAUCGAUUAUUAUAUUUGUGUUUGGAAAGAUUCUUACUUUGUUUUUACUCAGAUUGAAUGCGCAAGAAGUGCCUUGGUCUUACAUAAAAUCAUCUAAAAAUGGUCAGAAUUCUGUUGUCAAAAGACUGCUUGAAUCCAGUUCAUCAAAUAUAUCCACUUGGUAUUGGACUAAUCUAUUUCGAUAUAACACUUAUAUUUUUGAGAAUAGUGCUAAAACCGAUAGAUCUAAUAAUGCAGAGUGACAAGGAUUUCGGAAGUCAAAUUGAUCAAACAUUAUCUUUGUAAACUCUUUAAGAUAAUGUGUGGCAUUAUUUUUCUUAUAUGAAACUCUGAACACCUCAAUAUCUUUCUUUUACGCACAGCUAUUCCAUUUUCUUCACUAGUCAAACACUCAGCUAGCACAAAUAUUUGUAAUAGUGAAUGUUCCUGUGGUUUUUUUAUUCAUUGUUGUUUGAAUUAUUGAAAGAUUUAUUUAUGUAUCUUGUUUGCCUUUUUACACCUAAUCAUGUAACACUCACUAUACACACUUCUCUUUACGUUUGUUAUUUGUUUUGUUUUUUAGAAAUAUUUGUGCUCUGCUUUUUGUACUCUAUGAAAUAAGGUUAAAUUUAACCAAAGAGAAAAAAAGGCUUCUUAAUCAAUUUUACUAUUCGUCUAUCCAACAUAUUUUGUUAAUGUAUUUUCUGAAUAUACGAAUAUGAGCGGACUGCAUACUGCUUUAUAUAUGCAUUGUCAUCUGUUGAUUUUGUUUACUUUAUUCUACCGGAAAUAAGUUGUUAGAUGAAUUACAUAAUUUAUUUAGAUAUUUCUUUGUCGACGUGUACGUAUGUUUCUUUAUCUUGUUAAUUAGAAAAUGACCUAAUUGCUUUCACAAUGAUCUGACUUAUUUGCUUUAAUUAGUAAUAAUCAAUAACUCUGUUCUGUUUCUUUUCACAUACUUUGGAUUCUUCACUUUAUUUCUGUAGUUGAUCAAUGUCUUCGAUGUUAUUCUAAGAAAUAAUGUCAACAACU